CAAUUAAAAAUUAGAGGAAGACCAACAGACCCCUUCUUCUUUUGAUCAAAAGGCACAUCCUCCUCCUCUCUGCUUCUACCAGUCUUUGCUUGCUUCUCCUCUGCAACAGGGGGUUUUGACCACCUGGUUGACUGGAACUUCAUUGCAUAGAGAUGGAGGGGGAUGGCCAUGGAAAGAGAGCUUCAUCGUCAGUAGUUCAGUCCCGUUUGUCACCUGCAGCUCAGCCCUUUUCAUUGAACCCCUUUUCUUACCAACCGUCUUGGUCUUCGUUGACUUCAGCCGACCCCUGUGCUUCCAUGCUCAAACCUGUGUCUGAUAUCAACUUGGAAUCUGACCCAUUUUCCACUGAUCCUUAUUCAUUCUUGGAGUUUGAUUUUCCACAGUACCCGUCUUCGAAUGCUGCCUCAGACUUGGGUUUUAUGCCCUCGGCCUCUAAGGAGUCCUUAACCAAUUACACAGAGCUUUCAUCAUUUGGGCACAGCCAGGCAAGUUUCUCCAGCGACAAGAAUGCUUCAUUGGCUUAUGAAACCUUGCUUGAACAAGGAAAGCCUGCAGUUAAGGGAUCGAAGCUCAAUCAUGAGAAUUCUGAAAGUGUCCAUGAAAUAUACUGUGAUUUAACUGUAGGAACUGAACAUCAGUUCAUUUCAAGAUCCACAGACCAAGUAGAUGCUGGAUUUUUCUCUUUUUCAGCAGUUAAUACUAGGGCGACUCCACAUGAGUUUCCGAUGUCAGUUACUUCCCCUACAUCAAAUCUUCAAGAUUAUUCUCAAACUCAGUUACCAUAUACUGCACCCAAAGUGACUUGGAGUCAUUGCAAUUCCGAAAUUGCUUUGUGCGAUAGUGGCUUUACAAAACUUGAUGCUUAUACAGCUAAAUCUACGGUUUUCCAUUUGCCGACAAAUAACUCAUUUCCAGCUGUGGUGCUUGAGUCAGAUACCAGCACAACUGUUUCACCCUUGAAUCUCACUUUGUCAAAGAAUGUGGAUUUUAAAGGAAAUUAUCCACCGAACAAUUACGAUAGUUCUUCCAAAUGCAGUCCUUCUGGCAUAAAGGAUCUUCAUGACCUGAUAUCUGGUGAAGGGAAAGAGAUUCAUCAUGAUGGAAGUCCCCAUGAUAAAGGAAAAGGAGGCAAAGAUGGCAAACCUCUCUCUAGUGAGGGUAUAGGUGCAUUACUGAAGGCAACAUCUGAGCCACUAAUUACUUUAACCAAUAUUCCUGAUGAUUUCAGUUUGAAACAUCUUGGUCCCAAAGGAGCUGUUUCAAUUUCAAAAAAUUUGGAUGAGAAUGACUCUGAUUUGGACUCACCUUGUUGGAAAGGAACCCUGGCUUCUAGGCAAUAUGGAGUUUCAAGGUCUUUGAGUUCAGACUUUGCUGGAAAUGAACAAGAAGUGCGUAAUAGUUUGAAUCCACUGGCACCUCAAUUUUUUCCUCGUCAUGCUAAAGCAGUUGUAGAUUACCAUGCAAAUGACUAUGUUGGAGAUGAUUUCUCAUCUUUCCGAAAGAGUGUAUCUUCAGCUGUUAAUUCAUCCUCCAAAGGACAUGGACCCGUUGAUCAAGUAGGAUCAAAGUCUUCUUCAUCGAUUAAUGGAAUAGGGACUCAGUCUUCUAAUGACAUUCAUGAUCUGGAAAGAGUUUAUCCCCUGCUUAAUAACUCAGAAAGUUUCAAUUUGCCCGAGGGGUUGCCCAAGUUGUUGUCUACACAUUCAAAAUUAGAUGUUCCCAAAAUACUUAAUAUGAUGCACGAUCUCUCAGAAUUGCUUGUACAGAAGUGCUCGAAUGAUUUAGAUUCACUAAAUGAACAUAAGCAUGACUUGAUGCAGAAUAUAAUCAAUAAUCUUUGUAUGUGCAUCCAACAUGGGGAUGGAGGAAAGGUUCCAAUCUCUGAUAUAACUCUUACAGGCACUCCGUACUGUCCUAUUAAAUCAACAGAGCUGCACAAGGUAGGGUGCUCGAACAUGGGGUUUCAAGUAACAAGGAAAAAGGCCUUGGCUGUUCCACAAGAGAUUAAUUAUCAGAAUGACCGUGAGGGGCACAAGGUUAAUUCUCAUGUUUUCACUGAGAGAAUCUUGGAUUCCUUUCCUUCAUGUAGUGGCGUAGGCACUGAGAAGAGCAAUGACAUCGUUCAGAUGCAGGUUAUGGGCAACGCGUUGAGAGACAAUCAUUUGACCACGGAAGAGUUAGACCCACAAGCUUUGGUGUAUAAAAAACUAUGGCUUCAGGCUGAAGCAGCAUUAUGUUCCAUGAAGUAUGAAACUUGUGUCUUAUGCAUGCAAUUGGAAAUGGGUGGCCGCAAAUUAGACAAAAAUAAGGUUUCAGGCAAGCUAUUAACAAGAGACAUACGCUAGCUGUAGACGUGUUCUCCGGAUACUACCAGAACGGGCCGUUGGUGUUGGAAGCUAGAGACUCUUCACCUGGAUGUAUGUACAAAUCAUAGUUGAAAUGCAGUAUAUAAUAGUAUUACUUGUUAUAUAGAGUGACUUGCAUUUAGGAUUCAAGUCUUUAAAAUGCAAGGUUGAUGGUUCUGAGUGUCUGAAUGGUGGAAACAAUUUUCUUGGACAGUGGAUAAAAUUUCCAUUUUAUGCUGACACAUACGUAUUUUGGUUAAAGCAUUGCCUGGAAAAUCUGUUUCUUCAGGAUUAUAGAGAUGUGAAAAACCCAUCUACAAUCUCAAUGAGGAUCAUUUCUGA